UAAACAUAAUUCUGGCGCAUAUGAUUACCCUAUGACCGUCACAUUUAACACUAAGGUAGGACUUUCCUUUGGCACUGUCACAUAUAAAGAACAUUAUAAAUACUUAUUAUAAACAGAGUUAGGGUUAGGGCUAGUGUAGUGACAGUGCCAAAAGAAAGUCCUUCUAACACUAAUAUAUAAGUGAACAAUAUUCAAAUAUUUUAUUUUGUUUUGUUUUAAGUAAUAAUAUUAAAAAGUUAAUAUUAAAAAAUAUAUAUAUUAUUGACAUUUAAGACUUGUGAUAAGAUCCCGGUGCUGACGUAAUUGGGCUAACCACAAGUGAAUUGCGAACGCGGACACACGUGCUGACUUCACACUGUGAACGAGUGUCAUUAUAGCACCGGGAAGGCAACACAGACGUUGAUAGACUCGUUCUGAUUGGUAGACCUGUAUUACAGGUUAAAUAUUGGGAUCUUGGCACGUAAACAGAGUUGAUAGAGAGAAGGCCAUACUUUCACAAAUAAUAAGUAAAUAAUAAUAAUAUAAACAAAAGUUAAGUGUGUGGAUCAAGUCAUUUUGUUGAGUUACAAUACGACAAUGGAUCACAGUAUGCAUUCGAUGCCCGAGCCCGAGGCUGAAAAUGGUAUGAACAUGAACGGCUCUGACGGCUGCCCCAUGGGUAUGAUGAUGUAUUUCCAUACCGGAAACUGCGAAUAUGUUCUCUUCGAAGCCCUCCGAACUACAAAUGCAGGACAAAUGGCGGGAGCGUGUGUGGUGAUUUUCAUCCUGGGUGCGCUGUACGAAGGACUGAAGUACAUGAGGGAGAACCUGCUGCACAGAGCCAAUCAGAAGCGCAGAUACAUCAGCUCCAUCUCUCUUCCGUCGGGCACGUCGGGCUCGUCAAAAGACGCCAUGAUCUUGGAACCAAAUGAAUCUGUGUCUUCGAAGAUGCUCAACUACAGCCACUUCCUGCAGACAUUCCUGCACAUGCUGCAGGUGUUCGUCAGCUACUGCCUCAUGCUGGUCUUCAUGACGUACAACGCCUGGCUAUGUCUCGCCGUCAUCCUCGGCGCCGGAGCGGGCUAUUUUAUAUUUGGCUGGAAGCGAGCCAUGGUCAUCGACGUUAACGAACACUGUCAUUAACGUACAGCAGAAUCAGCAGAAGCGUUUUUCACUGACUGAUUGUUUCAACUGGUGAAGAUGUAUCUUAUGAUAAUUUAAGGAAUGUACUAUCAAACAAAUAUUGGUAAAUCAAAGUAUAACAUAAAGGUUUGUUAUUCGUCGAUGGUUUUUGAUGAAGUAUCGGUCUACAAAUUUAAGUCACAAAGAUACAGGUGUUAAUGUACAAGACAAUAAAUUGGGUGUUUUCUAUUAAAAAGUAAGUAAAAUUUGUAUAUAUAAUAUAGCAUUUUGGGGGAAGUGUAAUUUUGUGAAUUAAUGUAAGUGCUUUUCAUAUAUCUAAGUGUUUUCAUAAAUAAAAUUCUUCGAUGUUAAGAAUUAAUAAAUGAAUCGAUGAAUGAAAAAUAUGAACUUAAAAAUGAACAAAUGAACAAAUGACAAAUGUGCUUUAUCCUGUGUAUUGUGACGUAACAUUAAUUCUCUCCAUUCAUGGGCAUGAAUUAAUACAAACGAGCUUGAAAUCUGUUAGACGAAAAAAGCAAAGUUAAAUUGCUGGCUAACUGUUCUACAUUAAAGACUGAAAUAAUGAUAAGAUGGUCAGUAACAAUUUGAACAAUAUUUUAUUCUCUCAAAAGGUUUUAGGGAAGCAUAUUAUUUGUCUUGUGACAUUUUGUUGUUAACAAUUUAAGAACAAUGCAAUGACAUUACUAUAAUUGAGGUAUUCUGUAGUAAUUACAGGUCAAAGAUACUUUUCAUGAGUUUGUUAUGAGUAUGGCAAUUGGUGAAAGUCAGUUUAAAAUAAAACCAUGCAGUGAAUGGACACAGUAAUAAUUGUAAAAUGACUUGAUAAAAUGACGUACAUCAAAACUUACUUCCAGUUUUAAAUGAUUACAAGAGUAUUCUGUGUGUGUUUGUGAACAUGUGUGUGUAUAGCAAGGCAAUCAAAAAUUAAAUAAAUAUUAAUUUUUAAGGUCUUUGAUGUUUUCUUUGACAUGACACAGGCAUAACUGAAGUUUUGGGGUUUUUUUUUAAAAAUAAUUAAAUAUUUAUAAAAUUAAUCUAAAUUGUUUACCCAUCAUGUAAUAAAAUUGGUCAGUAUACAGUUAAUUUACUACACCUCAUGAUUAAUUAUUUUUUAAAACCAUAGUUUUGUAUUAUUUUUUAUUUGACUACAACAAAACUAUUGGAAAAUAUAGAAGAUAUUCCACAUCCAAUAAUACUCAUCUGAACUGUAAGCUGUCACUCUAUAUUGCCAUUGAAAACUUUUAUUAUUACUUCUUAUGUCUUUUUCCACCGACUACAAGAAAUAUAUUACAAUGGUCACAAACUUCAAUUUCCCCGAAAUGUAUUACAGCUUAUUUCCAUGUUUAAGAUGGUAUAAAACUUUCAAAGAAUUGUUUCUAUUUAAAUAUGUUUAAGGUGGAUACUGUUAUAAGCUAUAGUAGGCACAUGUGUAAUGCAGAAUAAAUUGUUGGGAAAAUAGUCCACUAGGUACCGGGUAAUAGCACCUGUUCACAAGUGCCAUCCGUCAUUGUUUGCCUUGCUGGUGUGUAUUUGUGUGUAUGCUUACGUGCGUGCAUGUGUGCGUGCGUGCAUGUUUUUGUGGUUAUUUGCAUUGUGUUUUGUAUUGUAUAUCUGUUAUCUGUGAGACAUAAUUAAGACAGAUUAUAAUUUAUUACAUUCUCUUCCAUUCACUGAACCAUUUUGUCAUAUUAUUGUUAUAUAACAUGUGGUAUUGUGUACGGUAGUUUGAAUCUUCCAAGUUUUUGGUGCUGAGUCAGCACAAAAAUGAAAGUACAUGUAACAGUAUAAGUGGCAGUGGUUACCAUUUGGGAUAGAGUUUGUUAUUAAAUCAAAAGAAUAGUCUCAAGGAAGUGAAUCACUGCAAACGUUUAUAAAUCAUAUUUAAUUUGCGGAAUUAUCAAUGUGGUUUUUGUUUCUAUGUAACUAGAUUCAAUAGCAAGUAUUGGGAUAGUGAUUGUCAGCAAUUGUGAUAUACAUGUGUAUAGUUAAUAUAAUUAUGUUAGGCAUAUUACUAUUGUUAGUCGUGACAUUGUUCAAGAUCAGUUCAAUGACAUUACAGUAACUACAUGUAAGGUGCUCUAUUAUUAUAACAGUUUCUGGAGGUCAAAAUAUAUUUUUCACAACACAAAGCAAACCACAAAGUUGGGUGGUGGGAUGGGGGUGGUAAAUGUAUAAAUGUUUUGUCUAAUAGUAUUGGUAAGAUUUUAGUGGUUAUAAGUAUUCUAAUUUGUUCGACUAAUUCACAUCAAAAUUUUCCCAAGAUGUUUUAAUUGUUACUUUAUUUUAACAAGAAAAUUAACAUGUACUCUGACCAUUUAUUUUUUCUAAUUCAUAUAGUACCGAUAUAUAGAGAAAAUAUAUUUUUUUACACAAUGUGUAUAUGUAUCAGAUGUGUGUGAUAAAAUAUUACUAAAGAAUAUACCUGUUAUUAGAUGUCAUAUGUUGUUAAUACACCUUGUUAAAGGACCGGUUAACUUUAUAAUAAAGUUAUAAACCAGACACAAAAAAAUGUCUUGCCAAGUUGUAGUCAAAUAUAAGGAGAUGACAUUACAUAUUUUCAUAAUAAUAAUAAUAAUAAGGUUAUUUCAAUCUUAUUUUUGAAAAAGUAUUGCAAAUCCUACAUUAAAAUUGCUUUUUGACUAAAGAAAAAAGUACCAAGAGUGAAUUGUGACAUAAUUUGUAUGGUUUUACCCAUCUGAUGUCUGAUGUAUAUACUGAAAACAAUGUAGAAAGACAUCACUUAUAAGGCGUCGUUGUUUUCAGAUUUAGUUUGGAACAUUUAGCCUAGGUAUUUUUUGUAAGACACUGCAUCACUCACAUGAAAGCAAAAGUAUGAACAAUACUUUUUAUUCAUCAUUGGGAAUAUACAGGAGCUCAUAUAAUUCCUAAUUUUAUUAUGAAGUUAACCUGGAACAUCCUGCAUCUUUCUCUAUUACAUAAUAUUAUAUAUUGCUACUAGGGAUGGUUAUGAGAAUUUGUGUACUGCGAUAUGGAUGCCAUGUAACACAAUACAUAUCAUAUUAUAUUAUUUAACAAUUUUAAGGAAGGCAUCUAACAAAAUGGUACAAGUUGAAGUGUAUUGUUUAAAACAUGAAGUGUCAAGCCCUUCCCUUUUUGACAUCUAUGAACAGUUGAGAAAACCUGUUGAAUCUUAAGGUGUCAGGAUGAUCAGACUCUACUAAAAUGAUCAAGUGUAGGGUAGGGUGUAUCGUGAUGUGUAUCAUUUGCCCACUGAAUCAUCAUGUAUUAGUCUGCCAAUGAUACAGCAUGUCCUGAAUUGUUACAGGUAUAAACAUUGUGUAAAUGGUAAAUUGUGUACAUGAUAGUUAGAAUAAAUACUAAUAUGUGAUAUUUUGGUUGUUGAAUCCCUCUCUGUAAUCUAUAGACUUCCUCCUCUCCUCUCUCCCCCCCCCCCCCCCCCCCCCCCCCCCCCCCCCCAAUUGUGAAUACUUGCUACCCCUACUUGCAUGUCUUUCUAUUCAUUUAUUUGCAACAUUCAUCAGUUUUAAUUUUACAAAAGAAUUGUAAGAAAAAAACAUUUCUGUAAUGAGAACAUUUGGUGAAGUUGUGGACAGCUCAGGAGCCAGAGUCGGAAGAAGUUUGUUUGUUUUGUUUAAUGACACCACUGGAGCACAUUGAUUUAUUAAUCAUCGGCUAUUGGAUGUCAAACAUUUGGUAAUUUUGACAUAUAGUGUUAGAGAGGAAACCCACUACAUUUUUCCAUUAGUAGCACCAGAGUCGGAGGAAACUGGCAGACAAGAGUCGAAACAGAUUGAAAUUGUGGGAGAAAUUGGAAAGUUUUUAUAUUAAGAUAAUGAGAAUGAUAUAGUGCAUACAAUGUCCUAGAGUACACUGAUACCGAAUUCUUAUUCAUGUAUAUUGAACCAAAUUAAAAACUUGGUAAUAAUUAAGAAAUGUAAUUUGAAAAAAAUUGAUUUUUAUUCCAAUCAAAUAUUGACUAGGCUAAAGGGAAUCACACAACUGUCACAGCUAAUCAUGGUUUGUGGUUACAGAUAUAAUUUUAUUGAAAACAGUGUCCCUUUUUUUAUUUACUUUUGAUGGAUACAGAACUGAUUUAAUGGUUAGGCUAUGCAAUGUUGAAAGGAGGGAUAACUCCCAUAAUUAUGGUGUAAGGUAAUAUUUAAAACUCUAGGUGGUGACUUUUUUCUUAUUUUUUUUAGUAGAAUGACAUCACAUCAUGUAUUCACUAUUGUCUUCCUCUAAAGUAGAAAGGUAAACAUUGUCUUUCUAGUGUGCUUGCAACAUAGCCCGAGUGUCCGUCUAGCUCUCUUACAGUCAGAGUACUCGUAUGAUCAGCUAUGUAAAAGUAAUAGUGGUGAGAUAACCUAUUAUGUGUACAGGUACUUACAACCAGAAGAAUGCUCCAUAGUGUAUGAACAGCAAUGACUAUUCAGGUGUCAUGGUUUGAAUACUUAGAAACAUUGUCAUUUCACCAGCGUCUGCCCACAACAACAAAAUCAAACCACAUUCUGAACAUUUAUACAGCCUCAGACAAAUUUUGUUUUCGUUCAGUUGUAUUAUUGGUACAUUAAAAAAAUGCUAUUUUGAUGUUCUGUCUGGUUGAAAACUGAAAGAAUCGUGUCUUUGAUUAAUGUUUUUCUUUUUGUAUCAUGCUUACAUACUGUCUUGUAAUACUUUACUUACAAAGGAGUUGUAACAGUACAAGUCUCCGAUAUACACUGAAAUAAUAGCCAUGUCUAAAUACGAUAUUAAAACAUUUACAAACAAUA